AUGGAGCAAAUGCCCACUUAUGCGAAAUUCAUGAAAGACCUCUUGACCAAGAAGAGAAAGUUCAUUGAGCACGAGAUCAUUGAGUUGGCAGCGGGGUGCAGUCCCAUAAUUCAAACGAACUUACCUCCCAAGUUCAAGGACCCAAGAAGCUUUACAAUUCCAAUCACUAUUGGGAACCUAUCAGUUAGAAGAGCACUACUAGACUUGGGUGCAAGAAUUAACCUCAUGCCCUUGUCUAUGUUGGACAGAGUUGGACAGGUGGAAGUAAAACCAACAUGUAUGACUUUGCAACUAGCUGACCGGUCUAUCAAGUACCCCUAUGGUGCGAUUGAAAACAUGCUAGUUAAAGUUGACAAAGUCAUAUUUCCAGUUGAUUUGGUGAUCAUGGACAUAGAAGAAGACUAUGUUAUUCCUAUUAUCUUUGGGAGGCCACUUAUGAAGACUGCACGAGCAAUCAUUGAUGUAGGGAAUGGUGAAUUUAAAUUGAGGGUCCAAGAUGAGGAGAUCACUUUUAAUGUAUUUGAAGCCAUGACCCAUCCGAAUGAUAAAGGUACUUAUUUUCAAAUGGAUGUGCUGGAUGAGAAUGUGUGUUUACUGAUACUAUGGAUGAACUCAAUAAGGAGGAAAUGA